AAAAAUUUUGAAAAAAUAACCUUGCUGUCGUGAAUAUUUCGGCCAAAAGUAGAAUUAAAUAUAGUUUGUAGUUUCCUCAACGUUCACAGUUUUUUGAGAUAUGCGAGAAGUGAAACGGAACGCUACUAUCAUGUACCCAUUCAGCAGCAUGACGUGAGCCACAGAAGCACCAGCGAAUUUGAUCAGCGAACUGUGCAACAUGGACAAUAAUGGAAAUCCCGCAAGUGAUUUUAAGGCUAGUGACGGCAACAUCGGGGAGGUGGCGAAACCACUUUUUCUCACUCAUAAAAUACGCAUCGAUCGUCUCUCAAAGCGUUACAACGUCCACGAUUUUCAAUUGCGAGAUCAUCUUCUAACAGCUCAGGAUAUAUACACGUCCCGUUGCAAAUGCGUUCACACACACAACAAGAAACGUUGCCCCUUCGUGACGGUAGCAUUUUGUGAAAAAUGUCAAGUGGCCAAUCGUCGCUUCAUCAACUAUCGUUCGUUACUUUUCCAUCGGGACAUUCAACACUGCCAUUUGUACGAAUGCUGUGUUCAUAUACACGAGCCGCCAUGCAAUCGCUGCCUUGGCUGUAAGACGAGACAUACGUGUUUGGUUCAACAGCCAUUCGAAUGUACCUUCACGACGCAUGCUGUUUGUACCAAACAUGAUCCGGCACGAUUCACCAAACCUACCGCCAGUUCAGAAUUUCUUUACGAGCACAUGUAUAACACUCGCAUGCCCAUUUUUUACUUCUGUCAGUGUCAUAAACACGAGCAUAUCUCGAUUUCUCCAACAACGAUGCUCGAACUUGGAGCGCCGUGUUACAUACAGACGUAUAAGUGCUGCGACAAGGCACUGCUUGUUACGGAAUUCGACUCGAGUUUUAUCCUCACAACAACAAAACUUAUAAGUUUGAAUAGUGGCACGAUGGCUCAGCGACUCGUUAAUGCGGAAUACGUUAUUUUCGAUCCGUCUAUUUGGCGCGAGCAGUCGGUCAAUCAUUUCAUCUCGCUGUUACGUGCUUUCGUGAGCAUGCCUGAACUCGUAUUAGAGCGCUACAAACGUUUCGAGUCUUCAAAUUUUGUUGUAUCUAAUGUCAAGGCGUACAGGAGUGGAAAGUUAUCGAUCAUUCGUACAUCCAUCACAGGAUUCGAAACUAAAGGAAUCUAUCAAACGUCAACAAUCUCAUGCACACUCCACUAUUCUGAGGUGCUCAUUCCACGAAAGAUUUACGAGUUGAUGCGUUUCGAUUAUGAUUUGAACUUGGUUGCGGUGAAGCGCGACCCAUCGAUCAAGCAGACAUGCACUUUUGUUUGUAGAGCUAUCGAGAAUCCGGAUCCAGAAGUGGACACCAUCGUUAUACCGGAUGCUAUCGCAAAGCCGCUAAAUCAAGACCAAGACGGAGAUAAAAAUGGUGUGUACGUGUUACCGAUUGUCACGGCCAAUGGCUACCAUCGUGCCGAAUCAUUCUUACACAAAUUGGCUAAGCUCGAACUAGCGAUGGCGUUUCGACGCAAGCUCACACUCAUCGCAACCCCACGUUACUCCUUCUCUGAAAAUAAUCUCAUGCUCAUGCGCCGCAAAGCGAGUGAACUCUCGCAAUGUAGCGAGUUUUUUCGUACUACGGCCCAAUACGGAACGAAAUUCAUGCUCGAAGUUGGCUGUGCCUAUAUGGAACGUGAAUACGAUGAGUUCUGUCGUCUACUGUUAAAAAUGAAUGAUUCCGAUGAGCGAGAAGUAGUUACCGUAGACGAUAUUGCUCUGCUCACAGACAAACUGCCGGCGGUCGUUCAGUCAGGUGCCAAAGGAGACAAAGAAACGCUCGUUACGCUUUUCGAUAAUAUAUGUAAUGAUUUUACACUCUUUGAUAAAAAACGAGCAAUGAUUGACCAAAUGAAUCGCUACAUUUCCUCAAGCAAAGAUCUCAGCCAAAUUGGGCGGAAGCAGUUUAUUUCGUUGUACGCCACACACGAUCUCGUCGCUCUACUUGGUACACUCUUUCUAAAUAAAGUUUUCAUCGCUGAUUACAAGCCGUUCGCCAGCGCCGGCACGUUCAUGUUCAACCAAGCGUCUCUCGACAUGUUUAUCGCCGAUUUAGAACGGUUAUAAUCCAUCGAAAUCGAUUUGACAUUCAUCAAUAUAUGUUAAUUAUUUGAUAAGUACAGCAAUCAAUAUGAGUGUUUCGUCUCUAAGUAAUUGUCGAUAAAAAAUAAUUUGGAAUGAUGUUGAUUGCGUCCCAUACAAACUUAUCUCAUCGCCAUUUCAAUCGUUGCAUGAAAAUUGAAAAAAAAUUUUU